AUGAGUGUCCUCGAUGGCAACCCCGUCGCUCUACUGAAGGCGAUGCUGGUAAGGCUCCCGCUGAUUCUGAAGACGGUUCUACUGCAUGGCGUCCAGAUGUCUCCUGUCUCUGGGAAACAGGAUCUGCGCACGGAAUUGACGGUCGCCAUCAUUCGCUCUUUUAUCAACCUCAAGGUUCCCGUGGGCAAGCAGCAAAAAAGCAGCAUGCGCGAUCCGGGCAUUAAAGGUCCUAUGUGGGUAUCCAAGGUCACCCUGCCCCAGCCUGAGGAUGACGUCCAGGAUGCGGUGAUUAAGGCGAUUGAGGACCUGAAGGAUGGGGAUGAAACAUACGACAUCCCCGGUGUUGGCCCUGUUGAGGCCGUGUGGACUGCAUAUCGCCGUGGCGUCGAUAAGAAGGCGCCGCAGCCUGAUGUCUCAGAAGAGGAGAAGUACAGGUUGUUGCGCCAGGAGACGCAAUCUGAUAUGGCUGUUCUGUAUUUCCAUGGUGGCGCAUACUUUCUCAUGGACCCCUGCACACACAGGGUGACUGUCUCGCAGCUGUCCAAGCAUACAGGAGCCCCAGUACUCUCUGUGCGAUACCGCCUGGCACCUCAGCACCCAUUCCCUGCUGCGCUCGUCGACGCCCUAGUUGCGUACCUAUCUCUCCUCGCCCCACCCCCGGGGUCCCUCCACGAACCCGUCCCAGCCAACAAGAUCAUCCUGGCCGGUGAUUCCGCCGGAGGCAAUCUCUCACUGGCCCUACUGCAGACUCUUCUGACUCUGCGCCGUAUCUCCCCAACCGUCCGCUUCCACGGCCAGGACGUACGUAUCGAACUUCCCGCAGGCGCCACGACGACCUCUCCCUGGUGUGACCUCACGCGGUCCAUGCCAUCCGUCUUCGAGAACGCGCGCUACGACUUCCUCGACCCGCCCAUCCAGACCCCAGAAACGACUUUCGUCCCGCUUCCCAUCCCCGAGGACGAUAUCUGGCCGUGCAGCCCGCCCCGCGGCGAUUUCUUCGCCAACGCGACUGCCAUCCUGCACCCGCUUGUCUCGCCGCUCGCGUCCCGCAAGGAGAUCUGGAAAGACUCCCCGCCUGUGUUUAUGUCUAUCGGCGAAGAGGGCCUGACAGACGAGGGUCUGCUGCUGGCGCGCAAGAUGCACCAGGUCGGCGUGCCGGUCGUCGUGGAGCAGUUCGAGGGCAUGCCGCACUGUUUCGGGAUGGUCAUGGACGGAACACCUGCAUCACAGCGGUCUUUCAAGGGCAUGGCUGAUUUCUGUCGCGAUGCGGUGGCGGGCCGUGUAAAGGCGACGGGUAAUCUGACAUAUAUCGGGUUCAAGCUACGCUCGACGCGGGAGAUCCCGCUGGAGAGAGCGAGUACGUUGAGUGAUGAGGAGGUCGAUCGACUGCUGCGCAGGACUGCGGAGUGGCGGUUGAGAGGCGAGGAGGAGCUGCAGCGGCAGUGGUCUGAAAAAGCGAAGCUGUAG